AUGUCUGCUUUUAUUUUAAUCUGUAUUGAAUUAAAAUUAAUAAAACUUGAAACACUUAUCCUUAAUAAGAUUUCAUCCAUAUAUUUUGAAAAUCUUCUCAAAUAUUUAUUCAUCUUACCUUAUCUAUCUUCUUUAAUAAUUAAUUGUGAAGAUGAAAUUCAAAAUAAAAAUAAACUUUAUAAACAAGUAUUUCGUUUACGUCCAUUAAAAUAUUGUAAACUAUCAUUAGAUGAUUCCAAUCAACCUGAACAAUUACCUAUUGCAAUGAAAGAAUCUAGUCCUAUUGAAUAUUUUAUUUUAAAUAGUACACAUGUUCUGAAUGAUCUCAAUAAUCUUUUAUCAUAUAUUCCUCAUCUUAAGCAUUUGUCGAUUGAUUCACCAUAG